AGAAUCACCACUGCAGAUGUCAUCACCGUUGCAGACAUAUGUUCUGUUGUGUUCUAUAGGUGCUCAUUGUUAUCGCAAAAAAGGAAAAUGGCAGUACAAAUUCCAGGUCUCUUUAUCUCGAUCAUGGUCUACCUAGUGCUCUGCGUUAGCCACACCCAUUCUGAGCUCUUUACGGCAAUCGCUCAUCUCGAAGCCCUCCUCCCAACUGAACGUGCCAUAGCCAGAGCUGUCCGUGGCUACUACGACAGCGAAAUCAAACGCAUGAAAAACCUCGAAUCUUACCUUGAUGGCCUAGUCCUACUUCAAAGCCAAAACAUCACGUACGAAAGUCAUCCGAUUUGGUUAUUCUUGGCCGCCAGUCGUAUGACCUGGUCCUGGACGGACACCUACACCACGACGCUCAUGGAAUCCAGCGUGAAUGCGGACGAUGCGACUGUCGGCGGAAAUUUGCCGACAGCGGCUCAAGAAGACCUCACCGGUGCGGCCGUGGGGUUAUGUCGACUUGCAGAGGCUUAUAAGCUCACAACUGAAGAAAUGGUACGAAUGAAGUCUUCAAGUGUGAAUGAACCUUCUGCUAGUGACUUGAAGCAGAUCGCAGAUAGAUGUUUUGACGCAGACGACUUCAAGGGCGCAGCGUCCUGGCUUGAAGAGGCGAUGAAAAGGCUUGAGACAGAAACUUAUCCGUCUGCAAGCCGCGAAGAAAUGGCGGAGGCUCUUGCGUAUACGAAAUACCUACUGGGUGAUCUCAAAGCUGCCUUGCGUGUUAUCGAAGAACAGCUACACAGGACUCCAUUGAACGAUGAUCUGCUCGAAAAACAGGCUAUCUACCUCGAGAGGCUCAAGAACGGAGAUUCUGAGAGGCAGGAGCCACCAGCUACUGAUGCAAAAAGAUUCCAAGAGCUCUGUCUGGAUGACAUAAACGGGCCUUCGUCUCCUCCAACUUUGACGUGUAAGCUUACCACGAACGGUGGACAACCAUUGCUGUUGCUGGAGCCGCUCAAGAUGGAAAUAGUGAAUAAAGAGCCAAAUAUUUUCGUGUUUCACAAUUUCCUCACCAAGCAGGAAUGCAAGGAGCUUCGAGGCCUAUCAUCACCUUUACUACAAAGAGCACUAGUGGAUUCUGGACGCGGACAACAAAGAUCUGGCUCGCGCGUCGCUAAGUUGGCAUGGUUUGAUGACUGCGAACACACUGUAGUCACACGAACAGUCCGCAGGAUCACCGCCGCUACAGGUCUCAUGCUGCAUACGGCUGAACUCUUGCAGAUCGUGCACUACGGUGUCGGAGGUCACUAUGCCACCCACCUCGACCAUGAGGAGGAAUUCAACUCGACAAGGCCUAGGCGCUUGGCAACUUGGCUUACUUACCUCAGUGACGUCACCUCAGGUGGCGCUACGGUGUUCACAGUCCCGCGCGUCCCCGUACGGCCUGAGGAAGGCAAAGCGGUCUUCUGGUUUAACCUGCAGCCAGACCCGGAUAAGGAUGCCAUUAUUGGUCCAUGGGGCGAAAUGCGAAAAAGCGAUCGUAGAAUGUACCACGCUGCUUGUCCAGUGCUUCAAGGAUCGAAGUGGACUGCGACCAGGUGGUUCCAUGAAGACGGGCAGGGAAAGAUACUCUAUGGGGGUCCACGAUAUCUGCAGAGUCCUGUGGAUGAUCCGUCGAGGUCUUCAAUUGUUGGCAUUGCAAGACUGGAGUCUAUCAAUAAGCCUUCCGCGUUCACUUUAGUUUCUUGCGUCGUCAGGUUUAUGGUUCGAACCCAAGCCAACGAGAGUCGGCUGACGAUCAAAAAGUCUGUCACGACGUCGAGCAAUGCGAGCAGAUUCUUCGUUGAUGUAACGCCGAACAACUAUGGCAAUGGCAUUAUCGGUGGCGAGCAGCGGCACCAGUGCGUUCGCACCACUAUGGGCACCACAUUCGAUAUGGCGAAGGCUUUUGUCAGAUCCUGCGUAGUAGGUCUCUUAUUUUUCUUCGCGCACAAAUCGACAGCCGAUGUAUUUACAGCCACCGUUCACCUUCAACCUCUUCUUAUGACCGAUAAUUUUAUGACGAUCAUUAUUCGACGUUAUCUCGAUGCUGAAGAUACCCGAAUCGCUCUUAUGGAAUCAUACCACGCUGAACUAACCUUACUAGAAUCCCUCAACCAUACCGACGCCUUGACGGAGUUUAUGAUCAUCAGCAGACUCUCUUGGACUUGGCUUCGAGGCACGGACAUCACCACACAAGCAGCUCAGGUCAACGCAGAGGGCACCUUCAUCGACGCCACUGUUCCAACGGCAACCGAGGAAGAUCUUGAAGGAGCAGCCGCAGGACUCUGCCGCUUGGUAACAGCGUACGAGUUGUCUGUUAAGCAAAUGAUUCACCUAAGGACGCCUGGCGUUGAAAGACCGUCAGUCUCCGAUCUCAUAACGGUUGGAAAACGCUGUUAUGCCGCCAGUGAUUUCAAGACUGCUGCCUUAUGGUUUCAAGAAGCCAUUGAAGACUACGACAAUAGCGAGGACGUCAUGGUCGUUGACAUCAAUCGGGAAGAGAUAGCUAAAGAUCUGUCUCUGCUUUUAUUCGUUGCAGGCGAGGCGCGGAAGGCGUUACAAGUCGUUAAUGAGCAACUAAGCCUAACACCAAAUGACGAAGAAUUACUGCAAAUGCGAAACAUAUACCAGAAUGAACUGACGAACAGUAAGGCCAGCAGUAGAAGUGAGGAUGCGAACGCCUCGUUUUAUAAGUUAUGCCUUCGGGAUCGCGAACAAUUUUCUUCCGAGUUGUAUUGCAAAGUCACAACGAAUGGUGGCCACGCUUGGUUGCUUCUCCAACCUCUCAGGAUGGAAGUUGUGAGCGUCCAGCCCAGGAUUGUCGUCCUCCACGAUUUUCUGACCUCCAAAGAAUGCCGAUUGCUACGAUACUUAGCGACACCGGUGUUAUCCCGAGCGUAUGUGUAUCAAGGUAUAGACUCUGUUCACUACAGCGGCCGUAUUGGAAAGGUAACUUGGUUCCAAGGCUGGGAGGACCCUGCCAUCCAACGCAUUCUUCGCCGAGCCGAAGCGGUCACAGGGUUGUCGGAUCAAGCAAGCGUUCCUAUACAAAUAGCCAACUACGGGGUCGGCGGACAUUACGUACCCCACCACGACUCUAGACCAAGAGUUGAUGCGCGAGACGAUACGCAGUACCUGGACGGGAGUCGCCUAGCAACUUUGCUCAUGUACAUCUCUGACGUCACUGCCGGUGGUGCGACCGCAUUCACUUGGCCCCGUCUAACAGUGAAGCCGAAGGAAGGCAAGGCGGUCUUCUGGUACAACCUACUUCCGGAUCCCAGACAUGUGACGGAAGUCGGAAGGUGGGGCGAGGUUCGUACCGGAGAUACGAGGACGGAGCACGGGUCCUGCCCGGUCCUUCAAGGUUCCAAGUGGAUUGCCACCAAGUGGUUUCGCGAGCGUGGUCAAGGACACGUGCACUAUGACCGUCCGAUUUAGCGAUGAGCAGCUUAAAAUAUAUCCUUGCAGAAAUAUCUACGGUACUGUUGCGCUACAUAUAAACUUUUUGUUUUUUUUUGUUUGUUUUUCAAUGCUAGUCUUACCUAGUAAAUAAAGUAAACUUGCAG